CCGUGAGUGGACGCACAACUUUAUGAACUGUGUUUGCAAUAAAUAAGCGAUAAUAAUAAUUUGUUUAAAAAUAAGACAAAUAAAUAAACAAAUAUUUUUAAAAUAAAGAAGUGCUGUAUGUGUAACACCAAAAAAAAAAACAACAACACUCUGUUUAAAUCAAAUACAAGCAUAAAUGCUUUUCUACUUAAAAGUGUAAACAUUAAAAUGAAAACGAGAGUCGAACGAAAACGAAAACAGUGUGACAAUGAGUUCUUGAAGCGCGCCGACGCGGCUCGUCAUACUAAUGACGGUUAUAUUAUUGUCAUUGAACACUUUCGAUUGCAACGCAUUGCUAAGUGCUUGAUGGUGGCAAUCAUUUUGAACUUGGCCAAUUUGGUGUUAGGCAAUGUAACCAUAAAUGGCGUACCAACAUCGUCUUCGCUAAAAUAUGCGAAUGAAUCAUACGUUGGACUGACGAAGUCCGCGGUUUCGCUGGAAAAUGUUUCGCCAUUAGUGUGGUGGGAAUUUCUAGAGGAUUAUGUUUUGAGCCAAUCUAGUCCCAGUGUCCGCUCGUCAAAAGAUCUUCCAUUCAUUCCUAGCCAAAACGAUAUGUCUAUGAUGGGCCCGAAUAUGCAAGGUCCGUUAUCCUAUCAUUCUUCGGCGUACAAGCGUCCAAAUGUAUAUACUAUAACAAAACGUAUUGGUGAAGCAGUCGAGUUGGAGCCACAUAUGCGUCCACCCGUUCAAGUAGUGAAUCCACAAUUUCGACCGAUGACCAACCAAAUGAUACAACAACAACAAUUACAGGAACAACAGCAAAUGCAACAACGUCAACAACCGGGAUUUUUUCAACAACUAUUCGGGUUGGGCGGUGGUGGCAGCAGCAGCAAUAGCCAGCCAGCGCCACAACCUGUUCGACCAGUGCAUGUGCAACAACAUCACCCGCCACCCGCGAUACAACACACCGGUCCACAGCCACCAUUUCGGGCUGUAACCGAAAACGAUUUAUAUCUGUUGGGUGCCAUAGAGAAGCUCGUGUAUCGGGUCGAUUACUUGGAGAGUCGCAUACGACGCGCCGAGCAACUGAUCUACUACUUGAUGGCUGGAAAUAAUCAGAAAGAAGUACGUGAUCCUUGCCCAUCAAAUUUCACCCGCAUCAGCGAUAAUUGCUAUUACAUCAACAGCCAUCAGCAGGUGAACUGGAAGACCGCGAACUCAGCUUGCAAGGCGCUUAAUUCUCAUCUCGCUGAAUUCGAGAAGGUAUCGGAAAACGAGGAGAUAAUGGCGUAUUUACUAAAUCAGCCACAGCACCGUGGACGUGAUUAUUGGUUGGGUGGAUUGAAUCCUGGUUUACUUUGGAUUUGGUCUAAUUCAGCAAAACCAGUCAAUCCAAAUAUGAACCUCACAUCUAUCGCUAUGUCACAUGCGAACAAUACAGAGAGUAACGCGAUCGAUGUAGAUGGCGAUGAUAAGGAUGAAAAGGACGAAGAUCCGUCCGCCAACGAAACCAUACUGAACAAUACCGUCGAGAUUGAGGGUCAAGGUCGUUGCUUACGCCUCUCCUAUAAUCCAACAAAGCACAUUUACAAUUACUAUGGUCAAGAGUGCACGUCAAGGCAUUAUUAUAUUUGCGAAACCGAGGAUAAGACGCUCGAUAAUAAGAUUAAGAAGAUAACACGUGAAUUGAAGCUUUUCGAUUGACGAAAGUUGUUUGUUGUUAAGAGCGAAAGAAAACCCUUGUCAUUUUCGCGGUUUAUAAACAAAAACUUCAGCUCUUUCUCGAAUCAUUUGAACUAUACCGUUGAUUAUGAAUUUAAUUCUGAGUGUUCAAUAUCAGCAUUUUUAGUUAAUAGCAUUUUAUACUUACACCUACUAAUUUAUUCAUAACUUUACGAAAUAGGCAAUAAUUAAUUAAAAAACUAAAAGUAUUUAUCAAUCUGA